CGUUUUUCCAGGUUGAUAAUUAUUUUUCUCGGUACCGGGACGAAAAUGCAAUCUUCCUGCCGUCCCUGCAAUCUCCUAUGCCCGGUGGCGCCGUCUGCGACCACCGCGCCCCUUCCUCACCAGCGUCCACCCCAUCUUCUCGGAACGCCGCCGCAGCGCCUCCUCUCCCCUCCGAGCCGGCUCACUCAAACUCGCCUCCUCUGCUGCAAGACUGCAAUGUCUACAUCCUCUUCCCCCGCCGCCGCCGGCGGGAACCCCCAGCCUUUCAAGUUGAUUCUGGGGUCCUCGUCGGUUGCCAGGAAGAACAUCCUCAACGAGAUGGGGUUCGAGUUCCAAGUCAUGACCGCGGACAUCGACGAGAGGAGCAUAAGAAGGGAGGAUCCGGAAGAACUAGUCAUGGUUCUUGCGGAGGCCAAGGCUGAUGCUAUCAUGUCAAGAAUGAGGAUUUCUGAUUACCAGAAAGAAGGUGACCAACCAACACUCCUGAUAACCUCUGACAUAGUGGUCGUCCAUGAAGGGAUUAUUAGAGAAAAGCCAAGCACCAAGGAAGAAGCACGCCAAUUCCUUAAAGGUUAUUCUGGUGGGCAUGUGUCAACUGUGGGUGGUGUGGUUGUAACUAAUCUUACGACCGGCAAGAAGCUAGGUAGUUUAGACAAAGCUGAGGUGUACUUCCAUGACAUACCAGAGGAGGUCAUUGAGAAAUUGAUCGAUGAGGGGGUCGUAUUUAGGGUCGCAGGUGGUUUGCUGCUAGAACAUCCAUUGACAUUACCAUUUGUGGAAGCAGUGGUUGGUUCUAGUGACAGUGUAAUGGGGCUAUCAAAGGAUGUCGCAAACAAACUCAUUCACGAGGCAUUGACCGUGUAACCUAGCAGUUUCUGUCAAAUUCUUACUGUACUUCGCUGAAGUUAAGUUAUAUUAAGAGUUUCAGACACCAUGGCAUGAAGUGGCGAAGAUCCAUCAAGACUGCAAGAACUCUUCAGUAGUAAUGCCUGCUACUGUGAUCACUGAUGAGACUUCACCUAUGCCUGCUACUGUGAUCACUGCUGUGUGGAUAUGUCCUGAAUCCUGAUGCUCACAUGAGGUGAAUUUAUAUAUGAUAAGUGAAAUUGUCAUUUCCACUUAUACAUUGUUAGUACAAACACAAUGAUACUGCUUUGUUUUGUCUGCAAUUGCUGCACGAAGCGGCUGUUCCAGUUUGCAUAGUGGCUUCGGUGUAGCUGUUCUUGGAUAA